AUGACAUUCCAACAAGCCGAGUACAUGCAGGGUUCCAAUACCGGGGAAAGCUCUCAGUCAAAACUCCUAUCCCGCAACCCAUAUCUCGAGUCAGAAGACGACCAUCACGUCUCUCACGGCGUGGAGAAUUCUCACGAUCGAAGCCCCUGGUACGCUGAGGAGAGCACCUACGCGCCUGCAGCACACACCGUGUAUCACAACACAGGCAAUACGAGCAAUUCAGAGUCAUACGCAUACCCAUCAGAGCAUCCGGCGAGUCCAGAGGCGCCCCCUGUGCCAGCGCGCCCGGGCGGUGAGCCCUCCACGUGGUCGCAUGUUUCACCGCACUCAGAGAACCGACACUCGCCUGAUCUCGAGCAGCGUCCAGAUCUUCCACCAAGGCCACCUCACGAACAAGAUGACCACAACCGCUCGCCGGAACCCGUCGAAGAGCUCGAGCUGCUCCCGCCGCGGCGCCGGCUGACGACAGGUGAUAUACCAGUCACUACAGUAGGAUACACGAGAAACCCAGAGAAACUAAUCGCGUAUCUGAUCCCACUGCCCCCACCGUCCGCAAAAGGCCGGACCCUCGACGUCCCCCAGCGGUACAUGAUCUACACCCCACCAGCGCCCCACCUCCUGAAGCCCGAGGCUGGCAGCAAAGAGGGUAAGCGACACAAGGUGAAGCGGCUGGCGCAGCAGGAGGUCAAAAAGGCCAAGACAUUCGAAGGCAAAACGCUGUCAAUCCGCGGGCUGCAUUACAAGGCGAUUCGCGGGUGCGACUGGGCCGUGGCCGCCAUCAAGAGCUCGGACAUCACUUUCCUGAACCGCGUGCCGCGCAAGGAAGUCGGAGAGCUCGUCCUCAUCCACCCAGCCUCGGUGCUGGCGGACCACAGCCCAGCCCAGGUGCACACGGAGGUGGGCGCGCAGCUUCGUCGCACGCAGCGCCGGGCCGCGCGGGACAGCAUUCUCAGCACGCUGCUGUUCCCGCCUUCGAUCGCGAUUGACACGCUUGCGGCCGUGGUGUGGCCGUUUGGAGGUCUGGCAGAGAUUGAUGGCGUUUGGAUGUACGCUUCUUACCGGGCAUACCUGGCGGCGCGCUCUGUGACGCGGCGGAUGGACAACGAGCCUGUUGUGGAUGAGGAGGGCCAGGGUCUUCAUGAGCCAAGUAGGUCGGACAGGGGACUGAGCCCUGUGUCUGAGGAGGAUAUCUACACUGCGGGCAUUGAGACCUCACGUCCUGAUGAGGGUGAGUCUGGUCGCCAGAACAGCCGUAGGGAUAGCAGACAGGUGCACUUCGAGGAAAACCUUGACGACGAGGACGAUGAAGACUUGAAGAAGGCGACUGGAGCCGGUAAGAAGAAGGACAAGAAGAAGACUCUCAAGGUCCGUAUGGUCCCUGACGAUGCAAUGGACACGAUGGCAGCCUACUUCCAGGAGAUCUGCCACCAGAGGAACCCAAAAUCGUUCGGAAGCCCCGGAAUUCCCCCGACCAAGACGGACGUCCUGGCAAGCAUCGGAUGGUGGCCCGAUAGGAGGGGCAGAGCUCCUGGUGUGGAACAUGGUGGAGACUGGGAUGACGAGAACUGGCAGACACGACAGGUCAAGGAAGACCUGGACAAGGUCUUGACCAAGGCUGCGAAGUCCUGGGAUAAGUGGUGCAAGUCUUAUGCCCAGUAUCCUGAGCGAGCACUAAAGGAGAAGGGUCACAGCAGAACAUCCGAAGUCUUGAGAAAAAUUCGUGUAAAGAAGGACACACGUGGGCCACGCGUUGUUGUUUAA